AUUUAAAGUAACAAAAUCGAGCAAACACAAAAAAAGCCAACAAUUUUUAUAGGAAAAGAAUAUCAUCAGUCAGUGUAAUAAAUAAAAAGAGUUAUUAAACUUACUAAAAUGAAGAAUACAGGCUACAAAGAUCAAGGAUAUUCUAAUUCUUUAAGUGGAACAGUAGCAGCUAAAAAGAAAGCUCCUUCAACAGGAGGAAAUUACAUAUCUAAUAUUCCUAACUUUCUGAAGGACUCCAAACAGCCAAAGACUCCAAUUACAUAAAUGCUUUACAAAAAUAUAAAUUUGAAUUUCUAGGAGUUAUAGUAAUCGCAGUAGCAAUAGAAUUAAAAUGUUGCAUCAAAGCCUAAAGUCAACAAUUUUAUUUCUCCAUAGUAAACUCCCACUACUUAUUAUAAUUUAUCUUAAUAGUAGUAGCAGUAUUAAUAGUAGUAGCAACAACAGUAACAGUAGUAAUAGUAGCAGUAAUCGAUUUCUUCUUAUCCUCAAACUGCUACUUUAUAACAAAAUGGAAUUUCUAAUAAUGGAAAUAGCACAGCUAACAGUAGUAACAAUAAUGCUUCGAUGUCUGCAAACAAUCAAUCUAGUAAUCAUCAUUAUAGUUAUUCUGCUUAUCAUUCUAGAAAGGCUUCUCAAAACUAUGAUGUUUCACCAUCUCAUUCAUCAUAAAAUUCAAAAUUGCUUAAGAGAAACUCUCAGCCUUCAAAUAAUAUAAUGUAGUUCUCUAGAUAAGAUUAAUAGGGAUAGCAGCAAGCAGGUUUCUAAUCUCCUAAAGGUUAGAUUAGCAUGCAAUAGAACUAAUAUUAGUAAUAAUAGCAAUAGGUUUCCAAUUAGCAUCCUAGGAGUAACAGCAUUGGGAUGUCAAACUUAAAUAAUCCUAAUAGCAAUAGCAACAAUAUGAUAAAUAAUAGCAACAAUAAUAAUUAGUAAUAUGUUUAUCAAAACAGUAACCAUAGAAAUAGCAGUAAUCCAAGUAUAAAUAUUAGCAAUAAUGUAAGCUCUAAUAAUGAAAGAAAUAGCAGCAAUGCUUUAAGCUAAAUAAAUACUAACACACCUUAAAGUCUAUCUUAAAAUAUAAAGCAAAACUAGUAUAAUAUCCCAACAGCCACAAUCAACUGUGCAAAUUUUGCUUCUUCCUCUUCUUCUACAACGGCAUCAGCACUUUCAAGUUAGAAUAACUUAAACAACUAAAACCUCUAUUCGAUUAUUGCUAACCAGCAAUAGCAGCCAUUGAAUAGCUUAAAUUAACAGGCUAUUAAAGAUACAACUUCAGGAGUAUCUAGUUAAGGAGAGUAAAAGUAAAAGUAAAUUUCAUUCAUAAAUUAUCUCCUUCUUAAGGAAGUUUAAAAUAGAAGCUAAAAGGAUGAAACUGUUUCAGCAAAGCAUUCCAGAUAACCAUCUACAAGUGGUGCAUCUAGCUCAAGUAAAAACUAAAUAAAUAACAGAAGCAACAGUAUGGUUUCAGGUAAUUAAAUAGGUGGAAGUAAUAACAAUAUAAGUAGUAAUAUUAGCAAUAUGCCUAACAUUCCAACUUGUGUUGUAAAUAUAAGUUCUAAUAACUAAAAUGUAAGCCCAAACAGCACUAGUUAGUUUACCUAAUAAAUAUAACAACAGCUUUAACUUUAGUAGCAGCUCUUAUUGCAGUAAUAAUAGUAAAUUUUAUAAUAAAAGCAGUAAUAACUAUCCUUAACUCCUUCACCUUCCCCUAGCAUGAACUAUACUAACAAUAUAUACAAAUCAGCUGCUUACUCGAGCAAUGCUUUAAAUAAUAGUGCCAUUAAUAAUAAUAGCAUUAAUACAACCCAAAAUAAUUAAAAUACCAAUAUCAAUGGAAAUUAAUAGUAACAACAACAAUAAUAACAAUAGUAAUUCUCUGAUGAGCCUCUAAUAAGUUCUAAAGAAGAGUUCUAUAUUAAUAAAAAUCAAUUUAAUUUCCAGUUUGUAAUAGGAAAAGGAGGUUUUGGUAAGGUUUGGAAGGUGGAACAAAGAAAAACCCGUCAGAUUUUUGCAAUGAAGGAGAUGUCUAAAUCGCUAAUUAUUACUAAAAAAUCAGUGAAUUCUGUUAUAAACGAAAGAAAUCUCUUAUGUACGCUCAAGCAUCCAUUCCUUGUCAAUAUGUUUUAUGCUUUUUAAGAUAGAGAUAAUUUAUUUUUAGUUAUGGACUUUAUGUCUGGUGGAGAUUUGAGAUUCCAUAUUGGAAAACAGAGAAGAUUUAAUGAAGAAUAAACUAGAUUUUUUGUGGCUUGCAUAUUUUUGGGUUUAGAAUAUCUGCAUAAAAACAAUAUAAUUCAUAGAGAUAUCAAACCAGAGAACCUAGUACUUGAUGAUGAUGGAUACGUUAGAAUAACAGAUUUGGGAAUUGCGAGAAAUUGGAAGCCUGACAAUUAAAAUGAUACCUCUGGAACACCAGGAUAUAUGGCACCUGAAGUAAUGUGUAGAUAACCACACACUUUUGCUGUUGACUAUUUUGCUUUAGGUGUUAUAGCUUUUGAAUUCAUGCUUGGAAGACGUCCUUAUCUUGGUAGAUCGAGACAAGAAAUAAGAAAUCAAAUAUUAGCAAGAAGAGUAUAAAUUAAAAAGAAUGAAAUUCCUGAUGGAUGGUCACUCGAAGCAGCAGAUUUUAUUAAUAAGCUUAUUGAAAGAAAACCUGCACAAAGACUGGGAAUUAACGGACCUGAUGAGGUUAAGAAUCAUCCUUGGUUGAGAAAUUUCCCAUGGAAAAAACUUUACAAUAAAGAGUUAUAAGCUCCAUUUUUGCCAUCAUAGGAAGAUAAUUUUGAUUUUAAGUAAUAAAUAUCUCUUGACGAUGAGCAAACAAAUGAAAUAAUUUAAUAAAAUGCAAUGUUAUUAAGGAAACCUUAAGUUUAAAGCUUAUUUAAUGGAUACAACUUUGAUAACACACUAUUUAAUCCUACUUUGGAAAUGACUUCAGAAAAUUCUACUUCAAAUAUUAAUCGCUCAACAAAUACAUCUAUCUCAAGUAAAAAGAUCAACUCAAAUAAUUAUCAAAAUAAUAAUUUAAAUCUUGGAGGAAAUUUAACACCAACCAUUAAUAACAAAAAUUAAGCUAUGCAAAGUGGUCUACAAGGAUUGAGUAGCACAAAUGUCAGUAGUCCUAACAAUUGCAGUGAAUAUAAUAUCUACCCUAAUUAAUAUAGCACUAAUUCUAAAAACUUCUAUUACAAGAAUUGA